AUGACAUCUCUUACCCUCCAGUCUUCUUUCAAGCUCAACAGCGGCUUUGAGAUCCCCCGCCUGGGCUACGGUUUGUGGCAGACGCCCAAGGACGUCGCUGAGGAUGUGAGCAGCAAGUCGUUCGAGUACGGCUACCGCCAUAUCGACUCUGCUUCUGUAUACGGAAACGAGGCGGGCUGCGGCGUCGCCAUUCGCAACUCCAAAUUGUCGCGAUCCGAUAUUUUCUUCACCUCCAAGGUGCCCCGCAGCGGCAUGAGCUAUACUGCGGCCAAAGCCCAGGUAGAAACGACGCUAAAGGAGACCGGCCUCGACUACAUCGACCUGAUGCUUCUGCACGCCCCAUACGGCGGCUCCGCCAACCGUAAGGGCGCCUGGAAGGCCCUAGUAGAGGCCGUAGAAGAGGGUAAGGUGCGGUCCAUCGGCGUGUCCAACUACGGCGUGCACCACCUAGACGAGCUUGAGAAGCACAUUGCCGAGCUCGAGGCUGAGCGCGGUGGCAAGGGCAAGGGCGGCUUGUUGAGCGUGGGCCAGUGGGAGAUCCACCCAUGGCUAGUCCGCAAGGAUAUUGUGGAAUGGAGCAAGAAGCGCAACGUGGCUGUGGAGGCAUAUUCUCCGCUGGUGCGAGGCGAGCGCUGGGGUGAGCCGGUGCUGAAGAAGCUGGCGGAGAAGUACGGCGUAUCAGAGGCGCAGAUCCUGGUGCGCUGGAGCCUGCAGAAGGGCCAGAUCCCACUACCUAAGAGCGUGACCGAGUCGCGCAUCCGUGACAACGCUGACGUCUAUGGCUUCUCUCUGACCGACGCUGAGGUAGACGAACUGGCGACGGACGAGUACAAGCCGGUGUGCUGGGACCCGACGGUGGCGCCCCUGGAAGAGUAA